AUGCUGCUGGUCCAGCUCCUCACUCUCGCAAGCGUGUGCUCUUGCGCCCAAAUCCUUCUCCCGGAACUCACCGGCCCUCACCACAUCGGCCUCACGCAUCUGGAAUUAAUCGACUACAACCGUCCGGACGCGCGUGAUCUCAUGGUCACCUUCUUCUACCCAACACCAAACACGUCGUCCAGGCCGCUCGGCCCUCAAUUCUCACCCGCAACAGCGGCAUACAUCGACAAGUCACUGUCGCUUUCCCCCGGCACGGCCGCCGCACUCACCACGCGCGCCCAGCUGGACGCCCCCAUCGCCGACCCCUAUACCGCUCCAGUCAUUCUCUUCAGCCACGGUUUCGGCUUCGUGCGCGGGCUGUACUCGUCCCUGCUUUCCGAUCUCGCGUCCUGGGGCUGGGUCGUCGCCGCCGUUGAUCACCCCCACGAUGCCGCUCUCGUGGAGUACCCGGAUGGCAGGGUGGCCCUCGCACGCAACUGGAGCUGGCCGCUUGACCCACGCGUGCGGGAGGCCGCGCUGGAGGCCCGGGUGGAGGAUCUGCUGUUCGUGCUCGGCCAGAUGGGCGACGCCGAGGUGAUGGCCCAGAUUCCCAGCAUGAGGCCAGGAUUGGCAGAUGGCGAGGGGGUGUUGAGACUGCAAUGUCGGGCACGUGGGCUAAGAACGACAGCAUUCAACGUCCCAAGCGUGGCCGUGCUCGGGCAUUCCUUCGGAGGCGCGACGGCAGUACAGGCGUUGAUGGACGCACCGGCAGUCGUCGCAGCCGCGGACCUGGACGGCUUUCUCUACGGUCCCGUCGUGCAGUCGGGGACGGACAAGCCGGUGCUGGUGCUGGGGUUUCCGGAACAUUUCGCCACCGACGAUCCGGACGCUGCGCCUGGGUGGCCGAGUCUGCGUGGGUGGAAGAGGGACUUUACGGUGGACGGCACGGUGCACGAGAGCUACUCUGAUUAUUCCGUGUUGGCCGACAUCCUGGGAGCUCAAGGCCCCGAGGCUGGGACGGUUCCUGGGGCGAGGACGGUCGAGAUUACGAGAACCUACCUGGAUGCGUUCUACCACAAGUUCUUGCUCGGCGUGGAUGAUGAAGGGGUCUUGAGUGGAAACUGCAGCACAUUUACGGAGGUGGCCUUACGGAGAAGUAAAGGCUGA